ACGAUAGGUUGGGGUUGUCGGUAUAGCUGUCUUUAAUGCUGUGAACGUAUAUCCAUGCUGUGAAUCAAGAUAGUGUCAUCUCAUGUGUUUUUGCCGAUGCGAUUUAUGCACGGUAGUAAUUAAGAGGACUUAGCUUGUGUUCGUAGCUCAUUGGAUUCAGAGAAACAUUCUGUAUCAUUUGCUGCGGUUCUAAGGUUAGCAGGCUUUCAUCUAAAGCCUUGUUUAUUCUCAUUGCACUGUGAGAUGGCUGGCAAGCGCUUAGCAAUGUAUCUUGGUCAAUGUUUGCCUUCCAAUAUUGAAGGAAUGGCUAAGGUCACUGUUCGGACCCUGAAGCGUGAUGAGAUUCUUAAUGUGUUUUUCCCGGAGGACCGGACGCUGGAUGUGCGGGAUCCGGAGCGCCAGUGCAAGUCCGGUGACACGGUGCUGGUGGAGCAGCUGCCAGACGAUAUGCCCGGAAAGCUGCGCUACCAGCUGCUCAAGAUGGUAUACCACUACGGUGACAACCGAGACCCCAUCACCGGCCGCCUCGUCAUGGGCAAGGAGUUCAGGGAGCACGUUGACCUGGAGGCGCAGUUGGCGGGUAAGGACGGCGGUGUGACGUUCGACUACAAGAGCGCACCCCCGCGCGGCUGGCAGGAGGGCAAGAAGGACUGGUCCCACCGCGAGCCUGAGGUCAAGUGGCAUGACGACGGCAAGUGGGAGCCGCACCAGUGGUGACGGCGCCCCGCUCGCUCGCCGCUUGCGCAGUGCUGAAGCUGCGCGUGACCCGAGAACGGUCUGAAGUCGUUGUGUAGUGUGUGGCCAUGUCAUGAUCGUGUCAAAUAUAGUGGUGCAUGUGUCA